AUGGAGGCGACUUCUACACAUGUAUCCUGGCGUUACAAAUACAUCUUGGCGUUACAAAUGCACCGUUUGCCACCUCGGCAACCUCGACACUCAUCAUUUGAAGGAACACAUCGCCGUGAUUUAUUUGGCUUCCACAACAAUACCGCGGACAACAGCUUGAAGACACCGAAUUUGUGUGUUUUGUCGCUCAACAAGGAUAACUCGAAUAGCUUAUCGUUUGCUUCACUAAAUACCUCAGCACUAGAGCCUGGAGAAGUCGUCACGAUGAAGUCGAAAGAUCCGCAAGUGAUCUUUUUCGAGCAAUGUAAAUCAGGGUUUCUCGGAAUGUCAACGCCAUCAACAAGGCAGCGGUUUGGAUUUGAUGGCUAUCCAAUUGGAUUCGGCGGAAAUUAUCGUUAUCGAAAUUAUCGGCGGCCUCCUCCAAUGCAACCGUCAUCACUACCGCCACAAUGGAUGGCAGAUGCCAGCAGAAGACUUUUCUUUAGUCAAAUU